AUGAGCUUAAUCUUCAGUGAAGAAGACCCUGUGUCUAAGCUGUUGGACUGCAUACCCAAGCAUAUCCCUGAACCGCCUGUGAAGCGAGCGAGGGCCCUGCAUGAAAGUGGUGAGUGUUUCCGAGGGGCGAUUUCUUCACAGGCUUACGAAAGCAACGAAGAGAAAGAAGAGGCUCUCUGGAUGCGAGCUCUUGAGAAGUGGCUUGUUAUCCUCACUGAAACGCCCGAAGCUUCAUACAUUGGUGAAACCGUCGCGAUUCAAGAUACCUCCGCUGCGAUUGAGACCUUGAGAGAACUCUUCGGUCGAAAGAGUGGAAACACUGUCUUGAAGCGGGGAUCUUCGCUUGUGAAUUAUGUUGCUUGGGGCCAGAAGAACUUUAGGGAUGAUAAUGUCUUGCCUUUCAAGUCGGCGCAGCUGGAUGCAUACUUGAAACACCUCAAGAACGAGAAGCGUCCUGCCAGUGCCUUCACAAGUUUCCAGGAGUGCGUCAACUUUGCCAUACAUGUUGUAGGNNACUGGAGCCAGGGAAUCAUUGGGCAAGCGCUUCGCACUCGAGCAGAGCGCAAACAAGCUACUGUCUUGACUGUUGCGUUUGUUGCGGCCUUGGAGCGCUUGCUUGAAGAUGAGGGCUUAAAUGGGUUUGACCGCUAUGCCUGUGGCGCGAUCCUUUUCGGGAUUUACUCUCGGAGCAGGGUGUCUGACUUGAAGAAAACUUUUGGUUGGUUUCUUGAUUUCAGUCAGCUCUCCGACGAAGAGGAGGGAUACAUUGAGUGUCGCACCCGUGAUCACAAGACGGCAAACGCGGUCGCACAG